CUUCGGUCAGCUUACAUGUACUGUUGUGUCUGGUGGAUCGGUUUAUUUUUGCUGUUCGCUUGUUUGCUUGCCUGACGCCUGCUCUAUUGUUUGAUGCAACAUAAUUUCACAGUGCUUGUUGUCUGCUUUGAACGAAAAUAAAGAUGAACAGUUUUUCACCAUAGAAUUCGUCGCAACCGCUUCCGGUUUUUAUAUAUGUCUCGCUGCAAGAGAAGAGUGUUGUAACCAGGAUAUAGAAGCUGUACAAUUUCCCUCGUUUGGUGUCAGUGACGUUGAUUUGUGAACAAAACACAUCAAAAUAUAAGGAUUCAAUUUAAUAAAACGUGUACUUUAAAUCGAGCACGAAAUCAAUCUCUACAUAAAACAGGAAGUUGAACUCAACAGACGUCCAUCUAUAACGCGGGGAAGUAUCCGAUGUCUGUUGGGGGUGUGUGGCAAACCUGUGAGUGUGUGAAACGGAGAUCUUGAUAAAUUAAACCCAAGCUAAGACGAGUAGCGUGUGCGGUGUGAGACGCAAGAAAAAAGUGCAAUUUAUUUCAUGCUCAUAUCAGUUAUGUUCGUUCGCCGUGCUAUCGGAGAGAGAAAAAAGAAACCGUCCAAUGAAAUCACCAAGAAAAAAGUCUUGUUGAACAGCCAGAAAACAGAAUCGUCUCUUCUGGACAAGUGAUGUAAUGCUGAAUUGUAUUUACGCAGUGGAUCAGAACAGGCCGCAUGCGGAGGGUGCUGAGUGUCUGAUGUGCAUAACUUACCGUGUCAAUUUAUUUUACAACUAUAGCAAAUGUGACUCAAGUGGAACCCGCGUUAAGAGAAAGACAGAGAAAGAGAGCAUACAAACGAGACAGCAAGUCUAAUCUAAACAAUCUCUAAUGGACUCGUGCUAUGCAGUAGGCCGUGUUGGAAAGGUGGAGUUACAAAAAAGUAGCCCGUCACAGUGUCUGACCAGCAAUCUGGGAUUAUUUGCGCUAGUUUUUUCUGUUGCGAGAUAGUGAGAUUCUUUACAGAUUGUGGCAGAAGGGACAUCUAGCUUGGCCAACCUGACCUAUGGACACGAUUUUCUACUCAGCUAUUGGACAUCAAGUUGUCUACCGAAUUCGAAAGCAUGGCCUGCUCUAUUAUAAAUUUGAAAAUUCAUUUGCGUGGGUGUUUACGAAAUUCUCCAGCCUUAAUCUAAAGCAAUUCUUUCUGCAAACGCGUCUAUACUUCUUGAGUGUUAGUCGUUAUAGAUUGAAGAAGAUACGAUUAAAGUGGCUUAAAAAAUCAUGCGGUGAUAGAGCAAUAGUGAAGAAUUUCAGGAGUGUUUUCAGAGUGCUUUGAAGUGUGUAAAUAAACAUACUGAUCGUAAACAGAGCCACGGGAUAGCGGAAAGCGAAGAACCUGUUGAUUACUGGGAAGGCAAUUCAAAAAUGACCAUCCCGCAGUUAAUGGCACUUCAGUAGUGUACUGUAGAGAGGAACAUCGCCACUACUAGUUUAGAGAUCUGUGGUUUUCUUGCUUAUUAUUUAUGGGGAAGGCGUGUUAGAAGAGUAAAAAUUAGGAAACAGCAGGAAAGAUGUUGGGAGCACUCAAGCGCCGAUGGAGGACUACUCGAAGAUCUGUAUCGGCCGACAACCAGUACGAGCCGGAUAGGGAAGGAUCAAACGAAAUCAUACCUCCGCCACGUUAUAUCGAGUUCUUGAAGGCCGAACGUGAUGCUAUCGUGAGCGAUUCGAUUUCGCCGCCUCGUUAUAUCGAGGUGCGCCAAGGACGCAUCGUGCUGGAGUCACAAAAGUCGAACGAAAUCGACAAUAAGACUGUCGGGGUGGAUUCUCUUGUUCGCAUUGCCAAAGAAAAACUGUACAUUGGAUCGCCUACUAUGCCUGAACCACCCGAUGAUUACGAGCGACCACUGCUGACGCACAGCCAAUCACAGUCUCCAGUGCACGAAUGUGCGAAACCGGGAAGUCUGAGCAUAAAUUCCUCGUACCGAUCGGAGUCCUGCAAAAAUACGGAUCUACUCGAGGCCAGAAUAGCAGAACUAGAAGAUGCCUUAUUACGAUUGCAAGAUAGAGUAAACCAAAGUCAAUGUAACUCACCUACCCUGGAAAAGGAAAUUAAGGAACACUUGGAGAUAAUGAACAAAGUCAUCAAGACGAAGGACCGAAAAUCAAUGCAAGUUUGCCGGGAGCAUAAAACAUUACAGGCUCGCUUCCAGCGCCAAGAAAGUAGUCUCCUAGUUCUUCAGGGCGAGAACAAAUCUUUACACCAAAGAGUAAAACAGUACGAGGCAUGUCUUGACGAUAUAGUGCGAAAGGUGGUCGACGCCCUGGUGGCCGAGGACAGCCUGAGGGAUGAAGUUUCCAUUCUGAAGAAUCGGGUACGAGAUUUGGAAGCUCAGAAUGCCGCAUUAACAUCAAGUCCCGCAAAAAGUCGUGAUGAGGGUUACUGCACAAUGAGCUCUGGUCAGCCGCAGCCGGUUCCGGAGGGUCACCUAGAAGAACUUCCAGAAGAACCGGAACAAUGGCUAGUAUCUGCCGAACCCUGCACUGCUGAGAUGGAAGACUGGAGCAUGUCUCAGGAGGAAUUGGCUACAGCACUGGAAGAGGAUGGUCACGAGUGGAUAUGGAACUCUAGUUUUCUCACCACGACCGAAACACAAACGGAAGACGUGUCGACGCUAUUGCACGAACAAAUAGUGUAUUCGGAAGAUGAGGAGGUCGCAUGCACAAACUUUACGCGGGAUUUCUAUAGACUGGUUAACAUAAAGUCUGAAAGCAAUCGCAGCUUGCAGUCGCCUGCACCGGUGGAUACCGCGGCAAGCAGCAGUGACGAGAACGAAAGACUGACGAGCCCCACUCCUAGCGAGGCCGGCCAAGCUCAAGUUCAUAGUUGUUCCUCUAGUGAAUCGAGUGAUGUCAUAACAGAGAAAUAUGAUCCUCCUUUAACCUCGUUACCACCUUCGCCGCACAAACUUCCAGCCGCAACCACAGAUCUGCUACAGGAUGUGCUGAUCACCUGUCAUAAUCAACAACAGCAGCAGCAAAUCAUUAAGAAAAACGUUAAAGAUGGUGCUCAAACUACCUCUCCGACGUGGAGGCGAAGUAACGGAUGGCGCCGGAUCCCUAGAAAUAGUCAUGAAACACACAUCCCUGUUCCAAUCAACUCCAAGGAUCGCCUCAAAUCUCCACCUCCGGUGCCGAUUCGAAGGUACUGUGCCAGCUAGCCAUCUCUAUAUUUUGUAGAUUAAUGUUUAAUCCCAAGCAAAAGCAAGCAAGAGUAGAAAACGAAACAGGUCUGACAUCGAUCAGGAAUUUGAGACAACAACUUUAACUGAAAACCUAUAGUUUGUUACAGCAAUGACAUAAGCUAGUUAGUAGUUUUAAGCCUAAAAUGUGAUAGUACGUUUAAUAUUCAAAGCAGUAUAAUAGAAAAGCGAAAUUCCAAACGAUCACUGCCAAUUUUUGCAGAAACCUCAUAUCGUUUUCUUCACGUGAAUAACUGUGUAAAAAACAUCAAUCAAAUUGCGGGACAAUAAAAAGGCAUGAACAACAAGAAACAGUCGAAUCGAUCGAAAGCUGCUACCGUGCAUUACAUGACGUAACGCUGCUGCGGCAAGCGUUACGAGAUAGAGGUUGUGAUCUCCGCUGAACUUACGGAUGCACUUUGGUAACUUUUCCUAUCGUAUGGAUGGUGCAUUUUAGGAAGAUGUUGAUAGAGAUGCGCAAAACGAAAGUAUGAAGUUUCACCGACAAUACAUUUUUCAGUAGUUUACAUAGAUUGACAAAAUGCAAAGUAGAAGUUUGGCAGAGAAGUUCCUCAGACGCUGGUUGCUACAGAUUAAUCAUGUCUAGUUAUCCAUUUUGUUUAGAGUUUCACGGAACUUAAGCUCACUAGUAUAACUAGUUUAUUAUUGUUUCGACGUAUUAAUAGAUUGUGAGGUCAGAAAAUUGUUUUCCCCUAUCAUACUCCGGAAGUAGAGCGUUAAAAGUCAUUAGAAUAGAGAAAAGUACAAAUGGAUCGUUAAACAUGAGAGUGGUAGCAGCGUUUGCAAUUCAAAUCACAUAUUUCAUAUCCUUCUGUACUCAUGGUUUCUUCCAAUGGCUGCGGCGCUGAUUGGAAUAAAAAAGACUUUCUGUUUGUUAUUAGUUUAGGAGAGUUAACCGCGGACAGUGUAAAAACCAGGAAAGCUAGCAAUCAAAUAAAUUUCAACAAUUACCAAAAACUGAAACAUUUUCUAAUAAAAUCUUUUUAUAAGGGUCAUAAAUAAAACCACAGCAGGCUCCUAAAACCGGAAAAAGAUAUGUUCGCAUUGGCAUCAAGCGGCCAGGAUUCAAAAAUGGGUUUCAUUGAGUUUUGUCGCAAGAGAGAUGUGCGAAUGAUUGUAAAAUAAUCGUUGUUCGGAAAGUGCUAAUGCGUGGAAUAUAUAUAUUCACUUCUCUUUUUGGAAAAGAACAUAUUUAUGACAUUUAACAAUAACCAAUCUGUUUAUACGAAGUAUCUACGAAUAACGGUCAACUAUUACAAAUAAAUCAUAGAAACAUAAA